ACAGAGUAAAUGUACAGACAAUAUUCAAGUUGUAAUUUGGGAAGAGCCGACAUUCAAGUAAUUUUUUGUUAUAAAGUAAACAAAGCAAGCAAAUUGAAUAAGCUAUAUAGAACAGAAAUUGAAUUUAUUCGUGGAUUUUCACAAAAUUUAUUCAAAGAUUUCAGCAAAGUUUUUUUCAAAUUAUAAAGAUUUUCUAUCAGAGUCAAUCUUGGUUUCAAUUGCUUAAACAGUAAAGUAAUAUAUAAAAACAAAUGGUAUUCAUGGAGGAAUAUUUUCAUCCAUAUCCAAAAAGUUUUCAUCAAAAUAAGCGAAAUUGAUCUAAUUCUCUCGAUCUGUCUAAAUGAUACACUGGCACACACGAUGACGUUGCUGUUAAUAUUAAUCUCCGUGUUGACAACAUUGAUUGUAACCGCAUUCAUUUAUAUCAAAUAUAAAUUUUCAUACUGGAGGCGCAAAGGUGUAGCAUACGUAGGGCCGUCGAUACCGUUUGGAAAUUUUGGCGCAGUUAUAAUAUUGAAAAAGUCAUUUGAUCAAGUCUUAAACGAGCUGUACAAUAGCUCAAAUGAGCCAAUUGUAGGCAUCUACACAGGACUACGUCCAUCAUUGUUGAUACGCGAUCAAUCAAUUGCUCGCGAUAUUUUGAUAAAAGAUUUUCAAAGUUUUUGGCAUCGUGGCUAUCACUAUGACGAAAAGCUAAAUCCUUUGGCGGGCAAUCUGUUUGCAAACAGCGGUGAAAAAUGGAAAAUGAUGCGUUCAAAACUAUCGCCAGCAUUUUCGUCCAGCAAAAUCAAAGCAAUGUUCGACACAAUUGUCGACUGUGGCCAAUCCCUUGAGAAUCACAUUGCCAAGUAUGACGGGAAGGAGAUUGAAGUGCGUGAAAUAUUCGCCCGUUUUACAACGAAUGUGAUUGCAUCGGUGGCUUUUGGCAUCAACAUUGACUGCAUUGAAAAUCCAAACGAUGAAUUCCGUGAAUACAGUCGACGAUUCUUCGAAACCAAUGCUACAUGUGUGUUUCGCUUUCUCAUUUCAUUUGUGAGCCCAUUUCUGACAAAACUACUUCGAAUUCGAUACACUGACACAGAUGUCGAACACUUUAUGAGAGAAACCAUUCGUCAAAAUUUAGAUUACCGUGAACAAAAUGAUGUGAUUCGCAAGGACUUUUUCCAAAUUUUGAUACAAUUGCGAAACGCGGGAACAGUUCAAGGUGACAGCGAUUGGAGCACAAAAACUACGGCUGAAAAAUCAUUGUCAUUGGAUGACAUGACCGCUCAAGCGUUUAUCUUCAUUGUUGCUGGCUAUGAAUCUUCGUCGACCACCAUGUCAUACUGUUUGUAUGAGCUUGCGAAAAAUCCAGAACUUCAACAACAGAUUUACGAAGAAAUCUUGAGUGUUUUGAGAAAUCACAAUAACCGAAUAACUUAUGAUUCGCUUAGUGAAAUGAAAUGCUUGGACAAUUGCAUUGAUGAGACAUUGAGGCUAUACCCGCCGUUUGAUGCCUUAACAAGAGAAUGCACAAAAGAUUACACGAUUUCAAAUUCGAAUGUGGUCAUCGAGAAGGGAACUCCGAUAUAUUUUUCCAUUACUGGUCCUCAAUAUGAUCCACAGUUCUAUGAUCAACCAAACAAAUUCAUUCCAGAUCGAUUUAAAGACCAUCAAAAAUCUGUUGAUGCACCAUUCUGGGUGUUUGGAGAUGGUCCAAGGAACUGUAUCGGAAUGCGUUUGGGAAAAGUUCUAUCGAAAUUGGGUGUAUGUCUGCUUCUUCAUAAAUUCGAAUUUGAAUUGGGGACGCAACACAUGAAUGCAGAACUCGAGUUUGAAGCAAAAAGUAUUGUAAAAGCACCAAUUUCUGGCAUUCAUUUGAAAUGCAAAAAAAAGCCAUACAAUUCUUUGUAUAAGAAAAGCGGGAAAUGAUUUUUUUAUUUAUGAAGAAAUCAUUUCGAUAUUUAGAAAUAAUUUACCUUCCAAAAGGUUAAACAUUUGAAAUUUGAAAAAAAUUUCAUGAUAAUUGGUAAUAUGAAAGGUAUUUUUCCAUCUCAUCGCUGAGUGUGAUGCUACUACAUGCUUUAAACCUAAUAAAUUGAUAAUUAAUUCAAA